AUGGAAAAAUCGGGAGAACCAGACUUGAUGAAGACGAAGAUGGAGAAGUUUGAGCUGAGAAGAAGGCGGGAGAACCAGACUCUGAAGAAGCGGGAGAAAGAAAAGAAAGGGAACGAGCCAUUCCCGGAUAACCAGACCAUUGACACCCCCGUGGGAGAGGUUUUGGCUUCGCUUUAUAAAGCAGAGAAAUUGAUUCAAAGAUAUCAAUGUUCAUUGUUGUUGUUGUUGUAUCGGUGA